AUGCUCAGAUACACUACAUUCUCAAAAAGACUGUUCUCUAAGUCUGCCUUGUGUCUUGCCAACAACGGUAAGCCACAAAAUCCACCAAUAGAUAAAACGAUUGAAUUGAAAAUUGCCCCAAUCGUUCGUACUGGGGAAACGAUUGAAAUCAAGCGUGCUAGGUUAACUUACCAAUCACGCAAGAGAGGAAUACUAGAAAGCGAUUUAUUGUUGAGCAGGUUCGCUAAAAAGUAUCUUAACAAAAUGACGCAAGAAGAGUUGGAUGAAUAUGAUAAAUUACUAGAUGAAGCUGAUUGGGAUAUAUAUUACUGGGCAACAAAGAAUUUUGAAGUAACACCAUUGCCUGAUAAGUGGAAAGAUUCAAAGAUCUUGAAGUUGUUGCAGGAAGAAGCUGAAAACAAAGAACGCGUAAUAUUGAGAAUGCCUGAAUUGGAUGAAGGCGAUUUCCUCAAACCUAAGAAUUGA